AUGGGGUGGCAGCAAAACGAGCAAACGGUGCGUGAGCUGGAGCUGCGGGUGAAACAGCAGUCGGUGGAGGUGGAGAAGGGCAGUGCGCUGCGUCAGAGGGUGACACAGGAGAAGGCCCAGUUGGAGAUUCAAAUUGCAUCCAUGGGCGCCGAACUGCAGGAGGCCAACAGACGGAAUUUGAUUUUGCUGAAGGAGAAGGAGCAGCAGAGGGAGCAGCAUGAGCUAACUGUACAGAAGUUCCAAACCAAAAAUGAGACUGACAUGCGCCACUUGCAUCAGGAACAUGCUCUGUCUGCUGCCAAGGCCUCUGAGUUGAUGGACGACUUUGAGAACACUGUAGCUCUACUCAAACAGCAGCUCCUGGACAGUGAACACCGAAGACUCCAACAAGCCAGGGAUCAAGAGACGGAGUUUCAGCGGGAAAAAGAUGAAGUGCAGAUCAACUGUGAGAAAAAGGUUUUGGCAAUCCAAACUGAAGCAGAGAAAGAGAGAGUAGAGGCUAAGAGGAAAAUAUCCAAACUAGAAGAUGCACUCAGGUACAUGGAGAGCCAGACCGCAGUUAAUUUUCCCUCAUAUUCCAAAUGA